AUGCGCAACUCUCUUGCGGUAGCGACUGCCGCAGCGAUCCUGUGCGCCAGUACGACCCACGCCUUGCCCGGCACUAUCGCCUUGACUUCCCGACAAGCGCAGCCCGCUUCCCCCCUCGCGGACGGUCUGAGCUACAGCGUCCCUCCCCCUCCAGCUACCGGAGGCUCGAGCGCCGUGUGGCAAGCGGCGUUCGAAACGGCGAGAGGGUUGAUCGAGCAGAUGACGCUCGAAGAAAAGGUCAAGAUGGCUACCGGUCAACCUGGCCCGUGUAUCGGGAACACAUUGGCAGUCCCUAGAUUGGGUAUUCCCGCGUUGUGCAUGUCCGAUGGACCUGCUGGCGUCAGACCGGCUUUGGGUGUCACGCAGUUCCCGGCCGGUGUCACUACCGCCGCCACUUGGGACCGAGAGUUGAUGUACAACCGGUCUCUAGCGAUGGGUCAAGAGUUUCGCGACCAAGGUGUCCACAUCGCGUUCGGUCCGGUCACAGGAGGACCUCUCGGUCGUGCCGUCUUGAACGGAAGGACUUUCGAGGGCUUCGCUGCAGACCCUUAUGCUGCAGGCGAAGCGUCGUACUAUGCCGUCAAGGGUAUUCAGGACGCUGGGGUCAUCGCUACCGCCAAGCAUUUUAUCGGCUAUGAGCAGGCAAGUCGCAGACGGCGAUCGGUAUUGCACAUGCAACGUCGCGCUCGCGCCCCUGCAGGGCAGUUGCCAUACGACAGCAUCAUCGACGACAAGACCACGCACGAGAUGUACCUCUGGCCUUUCGCUGAUGCGGUCCGUGCGGGAGUCGGCGCGGUCAUGUGCUCGUACAAUUUGGUUAACGGGACGCACUCCUGCGCCAAUUCUGAAACCAUCAACGGGUUGCUCAAAACCGAGUUGGACUACCAGGGCAUGGUCUUGAGCGAUUAUGGCUCUGUUUGGGGCACUCAGGCGUUCGCCCAGGGCGGUCUCGAUAUUUCCACCCCGGGCGAUGGCCUGGGUGGACUCUUUGGGAAGUUCUUUGGCAACGAGCUGCUUGCACUUGUUGGCAACGGCACCAUCGACGAGAGUCGCAUUCAGGAUCAGGCCAUCAGGGUCUUGACGCCUUACUUUGCGCUCGGUCAAAAGGACGACCCGCUCCCGCCCCCUACCCAGAAAGUCAGUACCAACUAUCUGAUCCCCUCGGUGAACGAGUAUAGGAACGUCCAGAAGGGCAGCACCGUCGAUUUGAUCCGCCGAAUCGGCGAGGAAGGUGCCGUCCUUCUGAAAAAUACUGGUGGCCUACCUUUGCAAAAGCCCCGCAGGAUGUUGAUCGUUGGAGAAGAUGCCGGCUAUCAUCGAGCGGCAGGCGACUUUGGGAACGGAGGACCAAUCAACACGUUCGCGCUCGGCUUUGGCUCCGGAUACGCUAUUCCCAACAACCUCAUCGACCCUCUUGCCGCCAUCUCCAUGCGUGCUCUGGAGGACCAGACGACGAUCGAGUCCGUAUUGAAUAAUACGAAUAUCGCUCUCAUCUCGAGCCUAGCGUCUCAAACCGACGUCGCCGUCGUGUUUAGCGAAGCCUUGACUGGCCAGGGCACCGAACGCCGCGACCUGAACCUGACCCGUAAUGGUACCGAGAUCAUUCUGGCUACCGCCGCUCAGUGCUCGAACACUGUCGUCGUUCUUCACCUCCCUGGAGCUGCCAAUCUGGAAGCGUUCGUGGAUCAUCCCAAUAUUACGGCCAUCCUCGCUCCGAUGCUCCCGGGAGAGCAGACGGGGACAUCCCUAGUGCGGCUUUUGUACGGGGAUGUCAACCCGAGCGGGAAGCUGCCCUUCACAAUCGGCAAGAGCCUCUCUGACUACCCGCCCAACACCGUCGUCCGAGACAACGUCGUUCGCCCGACCACCGAGUUUACAGAAAAGUCUCUUAUCGACUACCGCUGGUUCGAUGCCAAGAACAUUGAGCCUCGAUUUGAAUACGGAUUCGGAUUGAGCUAUUCGACAUUCGCCUACAACAAGAUCUGGAUCAACGAAACGGCCGCCAAAGACACCCUCAGCUUGCAAGCUACUGCAGAGCGAUUCUCAGGCCAGAAAGCAGGAGAGUCCCUCUACGAUGUCUUGUUCACAGUAUACGCCGAAAUCGAAAACUCGGGCAAGGUCUUUGGUUGUGAAGUCGCUCAGCUCUACGUCGAGUUCCCUUCGGUGGAAGGACAACCUCCCAGAAACAUGCGUGGAUUCGACAAGGUCAAACACCUCGAGUCAGGCGACAAGCGGACCGCAACUUUCCCGAUCCGUCGUAAGGAUGUCAGCGUGUGGGACACAGUCCUCCAGAUGUGGCGCUCCCCCGCAGAGCCUCAGGUGGUCUUCCACGUCGGCUCCAGCUCUCGCAAAUUGCCACUCAGAUUGCCUUACAACCUGUACUGA